AUGAAUAAAAAGAAAGACGUUGACUUACAGACUAGUAUAAACAAGUUCGACUCGAUGUUGGAAUUGGUGGAAAAUCUUCGGGGUUCUUUUAACAUUAUUUGUGAUUAUCUAGACGAAACUUGGAAGGUAGCUGGCUUUCCAGGUGGUUUCGAACGGGGGAAAGGAGAUAAUGUUGCGAAAUCCGUUGACCUUGACAAGUUUAGUACGAUGAAUGAUGCGUGUGUGGAUAUGUUGGAUAAAAUUUGUAAUUUGGCGAAAUCAAGCGUAGGUGAAUUGGAAUACGCGAGAAAUUUGGCGACGGCCUGGGCAGACAACGCAGGAAUCCCCGAUAAAAAGUAUGUCUUACAUUUUUACGUUCACGAAUUAUUCUUUAAAGAAGCUUAA